GCGCAUCGACAACAACACAACACGGCUGAGGCUGAGGAAACACAACCGCGUCCCUUUCCAUGACGUCCAUGCGGACAGAUGUUCCCCGUUCCCCAUCCCACGACCUCGAUACUGCUGCACACAACCCCCAGCGACACGGGAUACGACGCCCACAAUUGAUUCCCAUCGUCGAGGCGACUUCGCGAUGAGGGAGGCCCAUUGACCGACCCGGACUAAGCCAUCACCUUCGCACGACUCGCAAGUGCGCCCCAUCAGCACAAUGGUUCGGGUCACGCACGAGUUGGCUUUGUCGCAAGACGAGGUCACUCUUUACUACACCACUGAUGCUUACCUGGCAAACCUGCCCGUCUUUAUCUUCCAUGGCGCGUCUACGACGACCAAUUCGACGCUCAACAGCUCUCGCAUCCAGGUACACAUCUUUACUGCAGCAAGCUUUAAGAGCUAUCCUCGAAUCACCGUUUCCCCGCAGUCUCCGUUCUAUCAGUCGGUCAAUUAUCUCCCGCGCGACCGACAAGGAGACGAGAUAUGCCGAGGGAUCGCGUUUGGGCUGUUGAAGUAUUUCAGCGACCUCUCGGAGGUUGUCAAGAGCAGCUUGAUCCUUCAAUCCGCGAAUUCUCGAGGUAAACGACCGGGAUCAGCUCCGGUCCUCUUCGGCGAGCAGCAUGCGGCAGACCUCGCGGCUUCUAUGGUCAGGGUGGAAAACAUUGGGGACGUCAUACAGGAUAUCGAGGCCGCUUUGCGCCCUCAGAACAUCAGUCAUGUGGACGUCGACCUGGUCCUACCUCCAGGAUCAAUAUCCCCUUUUCAAGAGGAUGUUGACGAGGAUAUGGAUGAUGAAGAAAUUGCGGAUCCUACGUUGAAACAGUAUGGCUCAUAUGCUUCUCUGGUCAAGCUCUUUGGCGAGGUUACGUUUCUUCCAACUUCCAGGCUACGUCGCGCUCCUUCAAGGCCUACUUCAAUCAAUAGAACUAAAUCUUUUCUGAAGGACCAGAAAAUGUCGUUGCGUCGCGAGAUGGGCGAAUUGGUAGAUACUGAAGAACGCUAUGUGAUCAAGAUGCAUGAAUUGGUCAAUAACAUUGCUGAUGACUACCGAACCAAAGCCAAAAAUCGCGCAUUUGGAAGUUUCAGUCCUUCAGAGCAAGAUUUACAGAAGCUCUUUCCUCGAUCUCUCGACAAGAUUUUAGAGGUCAAUUCGGGUUUUCUUGCCGCGAUCCGGAAAGUCAUGGACGAUACCGAAGAGGAUGCUAUGCGGGACCUCGAAGCACCUGUUGUUAGUUCUACUGGGUCUCGUUAUGGAGGAUCUGGACGGCUCAAAGACCCGACUGGGGCACUUGCGUUUGCAAAAGUGUUGCUUGAAUGGUUCCCUCAGUUCUCGGACUGCUACCAAGAGUAUAUACGCGCUAGCCAGGACUUUCCGCAAAUUAUCACCACGUUCCUGAAGCAACAGUCAAGCUUCUCCCAACGCGUACAGCAAACUGGGGAACAGCGCCUUCGCUCAGCAGUGAUUGAACCUGUUCAGAGACUACCUCGGUACAGUCUUUUCAUUGACAACAUUGUCAACUGCCUCCCCGUUACUCACCCGGCUCUUCGCUCUAUGCUCAAAGCCCGAGAUAUCAUCACCUCCAUCUGCUCUCUCGAUCAACCUGAAACCGACAAGCCACAAGUGACUAAUCGACUUCGGAAUAUUAUCGAGUCGUGGCCGUCGUCCCUAAAUCCCAAGGGCCGUCUGAUCACAGCCGUUGACAUUCUCGAGCUCCCAGCUCCAUACCACCUUGGUACUUCAACAACAUCUGAAUUUCCGCAAGAGGGCAUGUUCCUCCUUUUUGCUGACUGCCUUGUGAUUCUGAAAAAGGCUCGAAAUUGCAGCCUUUCAGCUCGAGGUCUUAUGGCUGAGAUAGACAAACCCUCAGCAGCAACCAUGAUGGCAUCCGUGACAGCUGCUGCCGGGGGACAGAAGCAUGUCUAUGAACUAUCGUUCGCUGGUUGGCAUGUACUCGGUGAUAUUCGGUUCACUAUUUCAGAUGAUGCCCGAAGUAUCUGGGUGACUUCUUUGCAUGAUCUAAGGGGUGCAGCCACAAUCCGAGAACGAAAUAUGUCUGCCACGGUGCGGUCAUUUCUUCUGCAAGGUGCAUAUGAAGGAAAGGCGUUAAAAUUGACCGAGGAGGUCACCAAAGCUAAGGUGGAGGGAAGAUUCUCCGAGACUGAACGUGAGACUGAUAAGUGGAGCUUUCGGUCAAUGAAAGUGGCAGCUGCUACCAUAAAUUUUCACACUGCCGUUUUUGAGGAAGGAAUCGAUACUUUGAUAGAAGGUCGAAAGGAACCAGCACCUAUUCGCAUAGUUGUGGAUCAUGACAAAGGCACCAAGGGCGCACCAGUCGGUCAUUAUGGUGUUGAUAUAGUUGCCAACGUCACUGCUCUCGCGGGUGGUACCAAGUACAGAUUAGAGAUCGAUGGCCUUCACGAUAUGGUGUUCGUUGACGACUUGGCCGUAGAACAUAUUUUACCUAUUUUCACCAAAAGAGUUUCCGACCUUCUUCUUGCCCAUAACAAUUCGAGCAAUCCUGCCUUGACGGCACCAUUAACUUCGUUUUACACAAAGAUCCUCAAGUCCAUACGUGUGAUGGUUGAGGGUGAUAGGUCAAAAUCAUUUAGACCUCCUUCGCCUGCCAAGAUGCUUUCUAGCUUUCUUAGCUCAGGGUUUAGUAGUUCGACCACGUCUUUUGGUACCCCUGGAUCCGUAUCAAAACAUUCUCGAACUCCAUUAUUGGGCGAUAUCCCUACCAUGCAACCGAUAACCCGAACGAACAGCAAUAAAUCAACGCACUCGAUUCCGGAUUUCGACGGGAGGAGCAGUGUUCGUGCGGCAGCUGAUGACAACCGCCCCGAAAACCCUCUCGUGCGCCUAGAACAGACCUUCACUGGUUAUAUUGCCGCUCUCCAGUCCAGGAAGGGCGAUAUCGUUGCCAGAGUAUUGAGGAAUCGGGGAACUGCGGACGAGCUAUCCAUAAAUGCCCUUUAUAACACCUUCAUCGAACAUCCUUUCGAUACCCGGGCAGCCUCCGAAGUAUCUGUUGAUAUUAUUUUUGUUGCCUUUGAAAAAUUCCUACGAAUGGCAUGGAAGGACCAGAUGGGUCAGGUUAUGCCAUUGCAGACAUUAGACGCGUUACAGGAGAGAUCUUUGAGGCUAUUCCAGGGCGACUUCGCAGAUUAUGUCCGAAUGAUCUUUGGAGAGAUGGCACCCCAGAAUAGGAGGGCGUUUGUUGCUAUCAUUAAAUUAUUAGCUGACCUUCUUGAUGGUUGUGGCAAUGAUGGCGACCGAGGUGCCUUGACCGUUUCAUUUGCGGAGCUUCUAGUGAUUGAUGGCCAGCCCCACGACUAUAUCAAUCUACUGGAUCGUAUGGUUGAGGACUCAGAUCGAUUAUUCGACGAUAUGGGGCCUGGAGCUCUGACUGCUUCUGGUGGAACUAGCAACUCAACAUAUGGAUCUAUUUCUGGGAAUCGCUCUGCCCCUGGAUCUAUAACGUCAAACGCAUCUUCCCUAAGGAGGAGAUUCGCGGAUACAAUACUCCGACAGAACGGCCAUAAGGGAGAUUCGGACUCACGCCCAUCUGUGUGGCGAACAUUGAGCAAGACGACUCGGAGUGUUGCUAUUGGAGAACAGAUAAACUCAUCGAACCUGUCGAAGGACUCCCUGAGUCGGUCAAAAUCCAUCGACUAUCCUCACAGGCGGCCGGCAUCCCGCGACAGACCAACAAUAUUGGGCACAUUCGAUGAUCGACGACCUUCAACAUCGAUUGAGCAACCAUCCAGGCUCGGCACUAUCGGUGGUUCCCCCCCUCAAGGGAAGGAUGGUACAGAAAAGUCACCCAAGAAGAAACGCCGGAGCUCGCUUUCCGAUCUUAAGUCUUUGAUGGCAGUUGCGACCCUCGGAAGCUCUCCAGUUUCAGCAUCGCCCCAGCCCAGCCAAAAUGCAAGAUUCGGUUCGCCAAGGACUCCAUCCCCAAGCAAACUGCCAAUUGCCGGUGGAUUGUUGGAUAGGAAUGGCUCUCCAAUGUAUCGUACUGGCACACCAAACCAGAAGGAAAAUACCCCGUUGGGUUCAGCGUUUCGAGGAAACCUGACAGAGCGACCGCAAAAUAUCAUGACAACGCCAGAUACUGUCAUCGUUAAAGACCUUUCGUCGAUGUACAAGGGCCACCACAAAUCCCACUCGAUGACAUCGAAUAUCCCAACAUUGAGAGGCGUCCCAGCGCCCUCAACACCCAGACCCAGCUCAAUCCCUCAGAGAUCUCCUCAAAAACUACGCCUGCAAAGCCCACAGAAGCUCCGAGAACGCCUCCAGAAUGAGGCUAAAGCCAUUAGUGAAGCUGAGGCAUCCCUGCAAAACGAGCUCUCUAAAAUCGGUGAAGAAAUGGCCAAGCUCAACACUGCCUCCUCUGUCAGGCCGGAAGACCUUCAGAGGCUAUCCAAUAAAAUGAAGGCGCUUGAAUCUCGCAUCCCCGAAUCAAUUAAAGAGCUGACGAUGCAAAACGAGCAGAUAAAGCUGGACUUGGAGAAAUCGUUGCAAGCGUCAGAGUUUAAGAUAAAGGGACUAGAUCAGUUGUUCAAGGAAAGCAGCGCAGAGAACGAACUGCUGUACGAGAAAUUCAAUGGAGAAUUGGGAAAGAUCGUCAAGGCGUUGAAGGGCAAGGGUAAAGACGACAAGGAGGAACUUGUGGCGAAGUUGAAGGAGAGUGGUGAGGAGACGGCAAGAGUUAAGAAAGAAAAUGCGAGAUUGAGGAGGGAGAUUCUAACACUGAGGACACUACUGAAGGGGAAUGAAUAAAUACGGCUGUGGGGAUCAUCUGGUGCAGCGAUUAUGGGUCUGGGCUUUCGACGGUGACACGCAUUGGUGUUGGGCGUAAGGUCGUUCAAACACGUAUGGAAACAUGGGAUGAGUGGACUUGCUGUACAUUAUUAUAUGGCUGUAUGAAAAAAAGAGAAUGCGACUUAUGAAUACAAGACCGUUUGGUUGCGG